GGGGAUCCGAACGCAGAUCAAUGAACUCCGCUAAAUAAACGCGUCGGGCGAUCGAAGUUGGGACUGGAUGCGUUGUCAUCCCAAAUCGGUUUAGCGCAUAUUUCCUUGGCAACUAAAAGUCACCGUAACACGCAGGAAUACGGGGAUCGAAUAACAAUAUUAACUCUAUGCGGUAUAGAGUCAAGAUUGUAAACUUUAACAAACCAGCCUUUGGAUACAAACACACAGAGAUAAACAUACAGUUGUGCGUCCAGAAAAACUGAAAACGGAGGAUGAUCUUUGCUAAUACAGCUAACCCAGUGAGGACGACACAUCGAAAACAGAUGCCUGUUGGCCCCGCCUCUCACCCCAUGACUCCGCCCAGCCCCAGCACCAACAGCAGCACCAACAACAGCAGCAGCAGCAGCAGCACCGCGGGCUGGGACCAGCUCAGCAAGACCAACCUGUAUAUCCGGGGCCUGCCCCCGGCCACCACCGACCACGACCUGGUCAAGCUGUGCCAGCCGUAUGGCAAAAUCGUCUCCACAAAAGCUAUCCUGGAUAAGACGACAAACAAAUGCAAAGGUUAUGGAUUUGUGGACUUUGACAGCCCCGCUGCAGCCCAGAAAGCUGUCACAGCCUUGAAGACCACUGGGGUCCAAGCCCAGAUGGCGAAGCAACAGGAGCAGGACCCUACGAAUCUGUACCUGUCGAACCUGCCCCCCUCCAUGGACGAGCAGGAGCUGGAGAACAUGCUGAAGCCUUUUGGGCAGGUCAUCUCCACCCGCAUCCUGCGGGACUCCAACGGGGACAGCAGGGGGGUCGGCUUCGCCAGGAUGGAAUCAACGGAGAAAUGUGAGGCAGUGAUCUCUCACUUCAAUGGGAAGUACAUCAAGACGCCGCCUGGAGUUCUGGCUCCUACAGAACCGUUGCUGUGCAAGUUUGCUGACGGCGGGCAGAAAAAGAGGCAGAACCAGAACAAAUACGUGCAGAACGGCCGGGUGUGGCCUCGGGACAGCGAGGUGAGACUCGCUGGGAUGACUCUGACCUAUGACCCAACCACAGCUGCUAUGCAAAACGGCUUCUACCCGUCUCCGUACAGCCUGGCGAACCGGAUGAUGGCCCAGACCUCCAUGUCUCCCUACAUCUCACCCAUCUCCACAUACCAGGUACAGAGUCCCUCCUGGAUGACCCACCAGCCCUACAUCAUGCAGCACCCGGGAGCGGUGCUGUCGCCCUCUAUGGACCACACCAUGUCACUGCAGCCUGCCUCCAUGAUGUCCCCCCUCACACAGCAGAUGAGUCACCUGACUCUGGGCAGCGCUGGAACGUUCAUGCCUGCAAACACAGCUAUGCAAGGAGCCUAUAUUCCCCAGUACGCCCACAUGCCCACAGCUGUCCCGGUGGAGGAAAGCAGCGGACCGCCACAGAUGGACUCGUCCAGUGAUCACUCUGCUUAUACUUACCAACAGACCAAGUAAUGACCAGUGCAGCCGUGUGACGGCCUCGGGGGGUCCGUCUCCCAGACCUGUGCGGACGGCCCUGGUGAUGGAGCUGGAUGGGAACGGAAACCGUGGCGGCUUCCUGUGAUGGACCUCUCUGUACAGACUCAUCCUCCUUCUGCACAGGUUUCUUGUUUAUAAUAAAUUAGACCAAAAUUAUUUUGGUAUAAGUUCCACGAGGUGCAAAUUAAUUCUUUUUUUGUCAAAGGAUGAUGAUUCUCUUUAAAAAAAAAAGAACAUUUUAUUUUAAUACGGAAUGGUUAUUUUUUAUCGGCGAUCAUCACACAGAUGCAAGUGCGAUGAGGAUUGUGUGCCGCAACGUUUGAGGUGCAUGACAAUAGAAGACGUCUUUUGUUAAUAUUUUCUAUGAUUUUAAUGCAUUUUUAAAUUUUGUUUUGUAUGGAACAUUUUUUUCCCUGUAUGUUUUUUUUUUUUUUUAGCCAGACACCUUGAGAAUGAUGUGUUUGCCGUGAGAGUGUUGUCACGUCACCUGUCCCUUCUGUUAAACUGUUUGUCCUUUGGUGUAGAGAUUGAUCUGUGUUAUUAUUCAAUUUGCCUUAAAUGUGUUCAUACGGUAGCUGUUUAGGCAACUUCUAAGACUAGAUGGAGCAGGAGAUGCUGAAAGCUAUUGCCUUGUAAAUCAGCAAAAUGGGGCUUUUUAGGAUAUAGCUAAUUAAAUUGUCUAGAGUUUCAGUUUUUUAGUACCUUAGAUUUUCCCCCUUCUUAUCUCUGCUGAAUGCUAAUCAGAGUAUAACUUUAGCAAAAGAUGGUCUAACCUCUCUGGCUGAAUGAAUGUGGUAGGAAGUCUGCUGAAUUAUCACAUUUUAACGCUUGCCUUUUUAGCAAACUAGAUGCAGUAGUUUUAGCUUCAAAUAAAUGUAUGGAUGGGGGAGGGGCAGAGUAAGGCUGGGUUUGAUUGGGUGUUUUUUUGUGGGAAGUGGGAUGGGGGUGGGGCUCCGUCAGACAUAGGAUUUUUUUUUUUUACUUUUUCUGUUGACAUACAAACAUACAACAUUGGAUUCAUGAUUGUGCAAAAACUAGCAAACAAAGCAGCCUUCAGCUGGGGCAAAAGAUGAGUGUAUUCACAUUUAAGAAAACUGAGAGGUGAAAAAGUAACUUUAAAUGAAACUAGCUGUUUCAUAGGGAAAAAAAAAACCUUGGCACUUUGAAAAAAGUUUACUUCACCAAAGACGUAUGAGUUAGUGAAAUUGCGGAAAUUGCUUGACGUUUCUCUCUCAGCACAUACACCUGAUGUAAUUGACUUUUUGCCAGACUAGGUCACAGUUUGGAGAAUGUGCCUUUUUUAUACAUUUGCAUUCAUACACCUAGCUCCGUUCACACAGUAACAAAUUAUUAAUGUAUGGCUACAAACACGCCUGAAGGAAGAUUUAGGCCCCGUCAGUGCCACGCUGACUGUUCACAUCACUACAAAGAAGAAAAAUGCAAUAAGAAAGACAGAGGAACCAGGAAAUGAAACCGUUUGAUAGAAUAAAAUGAUUUUAUUUCAGUAAUCAAGAUUUUUUUUAAUGUUGUAUCGCAAAUAAGGAGAAUGAGAAAAGCUUUAUUCUUUUUUUCUAUUUUUAGUCACAGUAGAUAGAAAGGCUGUAAAUGAAGUUGUCUUCCAAGAGUCUGUAGAUUUGUGUAUUAAUGAGUCUGUGUUUUUUACCUGGUCAUCGGACUGACCGGAUAUCUACCUCAGAAUUUGCAUUUUCCUUUGAACGGGGCCGGGUUAGCGGGUCCUGCCCGCCCAUCCAGACCAAAUGCCAAGCUCAGGAGCUGGCCAUGUACCAUUGCUUUCAGUUUAUUUUUAUUUUAUUCAGAAGAAAGGAUUAAAAAAAAUUAUGACAUAAUAUUAUUAUUGUUACAAACAUUGUACGUUGACCGUGUCUUAGCUAUGUCCAGCCAUUCAGUUUCAUAGUUAAAAAAAGAAAUGCUGCCGUCAUCACAAGAGUAGUUAAUGAACUGCGAAAAAUGAGAGCUUGAACCUGAAUGUUGUGGCUUAGCAGGAUCGGCGCCCUCUAGCCAAAGUCCAGACACCUGCGGCCGCUUCUUCCUCAGUGGGUUGACACUCUGAAGCAUACAGCUAUUACGACCACCCUUGAGAUUUCUGCGUCUGUUUUGCCUAAAGCUGAAACAUAGGACUGUUUAAAAAUGAGUGAGGGCUGGGCUGCUGUUGACAUUUGAAGGAAGUGCCAUACUCUACCUGGGCCAAGAGCUGGUAACAUACGCCAUACUGAAAAAGGCUUCCUCACUUAAAUCAACCGUCAUUCACUAGACAGCCAUUAAGUUAUAUAUUAAAAAAUAAUUUAUGAAGAGAGAUCUUUUGUACACACUUUUAAGAAAAUAAAAAGGAAAAGAUUUUCGUAGAGCUAUCUAAAAUGAUCAAUAGAGUUGCUUUCUUUUGUUAUUUUUUUACA